CUUGUUACUUGUCUGGUGGAACGAUUAAACGGCAUAUUUUUUCUGUUUGGUUGGUGUUGACCAUCACAUCGCAGCUUCCUCAAUGUGCUGUGAAAAUAUAUUUCUCGUUGAUCGUCACUCUUUUCUCCGCUCUCUCUCCUGUCUCUGGUCUCUUCGCUCCUAUCCCCCCACAUCGCUCUUUCUCUUACCGUGACGAUUAUAUCCACUGCGCGCCUUACCGUCGUUGAUUGUUUGGUUACAUGGCUCGAUCCACCGAAGCUACUGCUGUUUGGACGGAGCUCUUUGUUCUGGCCACUCCUGGUUCUCGUACCUCCUCGCUCUGAGAAACGCUUACAACAACCAAAACACCCCGCCCCCCGCCGUCCUCCUCCUCCAUCUCCUACCCAUUUUUAUUUUCCCCCCCCGACACAAAAAACAACAAUACCUCGGACAUAUUUCGAGAGUUAUCUGGUGUAUAUUUCUGCUUGGACGAGGCUUACCUUUCGACAUUUAUUUAUUCGGAAGCUGUAUAUUGUUUGCCUUCUUUACUUGCGGCCUUUCCAGCACCUUCUCUUCCCAGUCACCAAUCCAAUUGCGAUUGUGAUUUCACUUGCAUCAAUCGCCACUCUAACAAUAAAUACACUCCACCAACCAAUACGACAUUUGUUUCUCGAGCACGCCAACAAAACAACAACUGACAGCAAUCGAAGCGCAUUAAUCUUUCUAUAGAUCAGAUCGAUCUGUUCAUUUUCGCAUUGUAUAUUUCAGCACUCAACUUGUGUAUUUUCAGCACAUUUUACGUGUUCGUUGUUCCAAUCCAGAGACCAGGAGUACUCGUCCACUGGGAGGUUCGGAUCAGACCCCACCAAAACCCCUUAUCACCGCAACCAGCCAACACCCGAUAAGAUGGGUCUCUUCAGCAAGAGCUCGUCCAACAGGGCAUCAUCAAAGCCAUCUAUAAGUGAACGCUCAGCUUCACUCGCCUCCUCAAAUUCCUCACUUCAAUCUCCGACUUUGGGAUUUGGAAAACGCUCGUCACCACCAACUAGCUCUGGACCAUUCUCUCCAACAACAACCGCCCCGUCGCAUCGUCCUCAGAUCAAAAUGCCUAAAGCUCCAGAUCCACUCGUCGACCCGGCGGCGUACCUGCGCAGCAUCGGAUCGGUCAGGGCACGAUGCUCAGUAUUACUAGAGAAGGCACUGGAUAACGAUUUAAACCAUUUCGAUGUCGACAUGUCCAAGUUCGACGAUUCGGUGGCCUUUGUUGUUUCGAUCAUCAAGCGCGACUUUGCACCGGAUUAUUCUACGAUUCCCCCUCAUGGACGCUGGCAACAUUUCAAUGUGGGCGGGAAAGAUCGGGUUACACAUCUUUUACAGUCAUGGCCCAGCUCUGUCGACACCUCUGAGCGGACCCGCCGCCUUCUCGACCUCUUCUUAGUUUCCGUGCUUCUCGACGCCGGAGCCGGCACCGCAUGGUCUUACAAGUCGAAGGAGAAUGGCAAGGUAUACAGAAGGAGCGAGGGCCUCGCUGUCGCGAGCUUGGAAAUGUUCAAGACGGGCAUGUUCUCCAGUGACCCAGACCAGCCAUUCCGAGUCGACUCCGACGGACUGAGACGUCUCACUGUUGAGACCAUGGGCAAGGGCCUCCAGGUCACCGCACAGAACCCGAUUACUGGCCUUGAUGGCCGCGCAAACCUCCUAAUCCGCCUUUCCAAAGCACUGGAAAACCGCCAGUACUUCGGUGACGAUUUACGACCAGGAAACAUCAUUGAUUACCUGAUUUCCCACCCAACCACCCAAAUCUCCUCCGUCCCCAUCGUCCCCCUCCCAACCCUGUGGCACGUGCUCAUGGACGGGCUCGGACCCAUCUGGCCCGCCUCCCGCACCGUAGUCGACGGAGUCAGCCUCGGCGACGCCUGGCCCCUCUCCUCCAUGCCGCGCGACUCGAAUAGCGCCGAGUGGGAGACCAUCGUACCGUUCCACAAGCUGACGCAGUGGCUCUGCUACUCCCUCAUGCAGCCCAUGUCCGUGCUGAUGCACAUCCACUUCGCCGGCGCGGAACUCAUGACCGGGCUCCCCGAGUACCGCAAUGGGGGGCUUUUCGUUGACACCGGUGUGUUGACUCUUAAGCCGGAGCAGAUGAAGAGGGGACUGGAGAGGUUCUCCGCGGAGGCGGAUCGGAAUGGGCAGAAGUGUAUGGAGGUUGUGCCGAUGUUUGAGGCGAGUGAUGAUGUGGUUGUGGAGUGGCGCGCGGUCACGGUGGGAUUCUUGGAUUUGCUGCUCGCGAAGGUGAAUACCGAGCUGGGCUUGAGUGGGGAGGAGGCCCUGUCUCUGCCGCAGAUGCUAGAGGCGGGUAGCUGGAAGGGUGGUCGCGAAAUCGCAGAGGUCACAAGACCGAAUACCAAGGAGCCGCCGAUCAUGAUUAUUAGUGACGGGACGGUCUUCUAAGCACCCCCUGCCUUGCCUUAUGGGCUGGAUUUGAUUAUGACCCGAGUUUGUGGUCAACCUUUUACACCUUUUUGCAUUUUUUGUUAAGAUGUUUCUACGACUGAACGAUACCCUCGACGGCGAGUACGGCGGGGCGAAAUACGAUGCGAUUAUGAUAACUAUGAUACUAGAGGAAGUGGCGGGA